AUGGAGCAACAAAACCCGGCCGGGACAUGCCGCAAACGUCGCCUUCGAUACGUAUGGCGAGCCUGCGAUGUGUGCCGGCGACGCAAAGGCAGAUGUGACGGCCGUAAGCCUUGCGACUUCUGUCGCUCGCGUGCGUUGGACUGUCGCUACACCGUUGACCCAGACUCGACAAACGAGCCUUCGCAGCCAGAGGAUCCUGCUGCAUCUUACUCUGCCCAUGCUCUUAGCAAGGGCGAGUCCAUCUCUCGUGUCGUACUUGCGCUGCAAGCACAGCUUGACAGCCUCGUCACACAUAUGGAGUUGUCCAACGAAUUACACACCUCACCAAACCCGGCCCUCGAAGGGUUGAGCUCUGCCCUCCCCCCUUCCAGGGAUGCUCAGAUCAACGCAAACCCAACAUCAACACUCAAUGCUCCCACAGCAGCCGUCGCAAACACGUCAAAGCCAUCUACUCGUCGCUUUUACGGUCCGACAAGCCCUGACUAUAGUCUCAAUGCUGCUGCGAUCAAGCUGCGAAUGGCCCAAGCUCCUCCUGGCGGCCCUACUAUCCCAGAAGAGACCAAUCCUAGCCUGGAAGAUGAUCAAAUCGACGACGACGACGAGCGCAAUCUGGUUCAAGAUGAAGUCCAUGGGUCUGGCGUUCAAGAGCGCCUUGCUAAAACUAGGCUACGCCAAUGUCUGGCUCAGUUGCCAUGGCUCAUUGCCAGAAACGACGCCCUGCGCCUUUUGAAUGUAUACCAUAAUGUCAUUGGCCGCCUUCAUCCUAUUUUGGAUCCAAAGCGGCUUGUCGAGCAGGCCGAGGCCUGCUAUGUGUUCCAUUCGAAACCCACGUCCGAUGCCUCAAUUCUCCAUGAAGACACCAUUCUGAUCUUAUAUUUAGCACUCUCAAUCGCGCUUGCUGCCGAACCAGCCUCGCAGUCACAUAUUGGGAAAACGCUGUAUAAAGGCGUGGAGCACCUGAUCAAGUUGAAAUUAGCAUCCGAAGUGUCAAGCCUAGACCAUGUUCUAAUCGCAUUAUUGGCGUCUAUUUACCACUUCUUCACUGGUGACACGCGUUUGGCAUGGCGAGUAUGCGGAAUUUCGGGGCGUAUGGCAAUGGAACUUGGGCUUCACCGCCGAGACGUCCAUUGCCAUCUUUUGCGAGACGAGAAGCAACGCACUGGAAUCAGCGCUCUCAUCUGGAGCAUAGUGAUCUUGGAUAGGCAAUGGAGUGCUGCCACUGGCUUGCCUCAAAACUUUCAGGAAUCAGAUUUUGAUCAAUCCAUAGAGCCUCCGGUGAGUCAUCUAGAGGACGCCUGGUACCUUCGAGCGAUGAUCUCAUACACCUUCAUGAGUCCAAAGUUCGAAGUACCCAUAUACCGAGUUGCUGCUGGUGCAACUUAUGAGCAAGAUGACGCUUUCGAACUACUCAAUUUCCAGAUUGACCAAUGGCUGAAGAAGGCCAUAGACGGUUACGGUAUCUACCACCCAUCCCCUGAGACAGCUGUUGGUGUAAAGCCAACGGCAGACCCCUCAAAACCCCCGUCACCCGUGGCCACGUUGCUCUAUCUGCGUGCCAAUGCCUUCCGGAGUAUCAUCCUUCGCCCAUUCUUUCUUUCAGGCUCCCACUCCAAUGUGAGCGUUAAAAUGAUCAAACCUAGCAUGAAAAUCAUCUCCGACACUAUCGGUGUACUCUCUUUGCUGAACUCCAGCACCGACGUUUACAAAACCCAGCAUCCGUUCUUCCAACAUUUCCUCAGCUCUUCAUGUGCACUUCUUUUCUUAGUGGUGGCGUAUGUUCGCGCGGACCGCAACCGGGCGGUCAUCAUGCAGUCCGCUGAUUUGCUGGAGCCUUUUCCUGGCUUUGUAAAGCGAGAGGUGGAACGCGCAUUGGCUCUCACGACAGCGUAUAGUACACUGUCGCAGAAUUCCUCCAGACUCGCGAAGAGGCUGCGUCAUUUGGAGGAGCAAUUAGCUCGGCCAGACUUUCUCCAACCUCCUCCAAUCGAGACCGCCCCUGAUCGAAUUCUGCAACCACAGCAACAUCAGCAAAGACCCCAGAUUCAAAGAGGACUAGGUGAGAAGGGAGAUGCUGUUAGCGGCGCUAUUGGCGUGUUCCUGGAUCAGGCAGAUUUUCUGCAAGUCGCGGAUAACACUAUGGGAGAUGAAACAAUGAAUGGCAUGUGGUGGAACGACAUUGAUAUGCUUUGGCCGGAUUGGCCGAGCAACGAGGUAGUGGCGAGUCAGUGUGUAUAAAUAUAUUUUCCUAUCCAUAUUAAGCAGAUGUUUCGGGUUC